AUGGGUAGGAUGAGAUCUUCAAGAAUGAUGGGGUUAGGGCCUUGCAUUGUUUAUGUUGUGGUCUUUAGUGCCAUCGCAGUUUCAGCCUACCCAUACCCACCCCCUCCAACACCACAAUACCAUUCCCCAAUCCAUAAACACAAAUCACAAUACCAACCCAAAAAGUAUUCCCCAAACAACUCACCACCAUCUCCACCAAACUGUUCUCCUUUUCCUAAGAUACACUACAAGUCUUCACCAUCACCACACGUCUACAGCUCCCCACCUGCAUCAUAUUACUCUCCUUCUCCUAAAGUAGACUACAAGUCUCCACCACCACCAUACGUCUAUAGCUCUCCACCUCCACCAUACUACUCUCCUUCUCCAAAAGUAGACUAUAAUUCUCCACCACCACCAUACAUCUACAGCUCCCAACCUCAACCAUACUAUUCUCCUUCUCCUAAAGUAGACUGCAAGUCUCCACCACCACCAUACGUCUACAGCUCCCCACCUCCCCCAUACUACUCUGCUUCUCCUAAAGUAGACUACAAGUCUCCACCACCACCAUACCUCUACAGCUCCCCACCUCUCCCAUACUACUCUCCUUCUCCUAAAGUAGACUACAAGUCUCCACCACCACCAUACGUCUACAACUCCCCACCUCCGCCAUACUACUCUCCUACUCCUAAAGUAGACUACAAGUCUCCACCACCACCAUACGUCUACAGCUCCCCACCUCCGCCAUACUACUAUCCUACUCCUAAAGUAGACUACAAGUCUCCACCACCACCAUACGUCUACAGCUCCCCACCUCCACCAUACUACUCUCCUUCUCCUAAAGUAGACUACAAGUCUCCACCACCAACAAACGUCUACAGCUCCCCUCCUCCACCAUACUACUCUCCUUCUCCUAAAGUAGACUACAAGUCUCCACCACCACCAUACGUCUACAGCUCCCCACCUCCACCAUACUACUCUCCUUCUCCUAAAGUAGACUACAAGUCUCCACCACCACCAUACGUCUACAGCUCCCCACCACCACCAUACUACUCUCCUUAUCCUAAAGUAGACUACAAGUUUCCACCACCACCAUACGUCUACAGCUCCCCACCUCCACCAUACUACUCUCCCUCUCCUAAAGUUGACUACAAGUCUCCACCACCACCAUACGUCUACAGCUCCCCACCACCACCAUACUACUCUCCCUCUACUAAAGUAGACUACAAGUCUCCACCACCACCACACGUCUACAGCUCCCCACCACCAUUAUACUACGCUCCUUCUCCUAAAGUAAACUACAAGUCUCCACCACCACCAUACGUCUACAGCUCCCCACCUCCACCAUACUACGCUCCUUCUCCUAAAGUAGACUACAAGUCUCCACCACCACCAUACGUUUACAGCUCUCCACCUCUACCAUACUACUAUCCUUCUCCUAAAGUAGACUACAAGUCUCCACCACCACCAUAUGUCUACAGCUCCCCACCACCACCAUACUACUCUCCUUCUCCUAAAGUAGACUAUAAGUCUCCACCACAACCAUCCGUCUAUAGCUCCCCACCUCCCCCAUACUACUCUCCUUCUCCUAAAGUAGACUACAAGUCUCCACCACCACCAUACGUCUACAGCUCCCCACCACCACCAUACUACUCUCUUUCUCCUAAAGUAGACUACAAGUCUCCAUCACCACCAUACGUCUACAGCUCUCCACCUCCACCAUACUACUCUCCAUCUCCUAAAGUACACUACAAGUCUCCACCACCACCAUACGUCUACAGCUCCCCACCUCCCCCAUACUAUUCUCCUUCUCCUAAAGUAGACUACAAGUCUCCACCACCACCAUAUGUUUACAAUUGA